CCUCCCAAUUGCCAAAAUGACUCUGAGCAGCAGCGAGAGGUCCGCAAUUGUUUCACUCUGGGGCAAGAUCGCUCCUAACGCCAGUGCCCUUGGAGCUGAAGCUUUGGAGAGACUUUUCCUGAGCUUCCCUCAGACCAAGACAUACUUCAGCCAUUUUGACCUGAGCCAUGGCUCUGCUGAUCUCCUUAACCAUGGUGGAAAAGUUGUGAAUGCCCUGGGAGAGGCCGCAAAGCACCUUGACAGCCUUUCAGGCUCCCUGUCAACCCUCAGUGACCUGCAUGCCUACAACCUGAGAGUGGAUCCAGGAAACUUCAAGUUGCUGUCUCAAACUAUCCAAGUGACUCUGGCUGCUCACUUCCCUGAAGACUUCACACCCUCAGUCCAGGCUGCCUGGGACAAAUUUAUUGCUGAAGUAGCUGCUGUCUUGACCUCCAAGUACAGAUAAAAACAUCAAGACUAGAUGAAUACAUCUGCGAUGACACCAACUUAUGGGAGUUUUACUGGAAAUUAUGUGCAUACGUUUUUCUCCAGAACUGUAACACUAUAAGAAUGUGUUAUACUUAUGUCACAAUAUAAAAUAAGAUUCCAGUUGUGAAAAAUAAAAAAAUACUUUUUAUUCCA